AUAUAAGUACGUUCUCCCCGCUGAUUGGUCAGCGCUGCUGUCAGUCACACCGCCGAGGCGGUGGAGGCGCUGGCGGCCAUUUUGGGCGCACGGAGGGAGCGCGGAGCUCCCCCCCCGCCACUUUCCCGCCAUGGCGGCUCCGCUCGGUCCCGGCGCCUUCACGGAGGAGAGCGGGCAGGAGAAACAGGACACUCAGGAGAAGGACAAAACCAUCCCCCCUGAGAGGGCAGAGGAGGCCAAGCUCAAGGCCAAAUACCCCAACCUGGGCCAGAAACCUGGAGGUUCUGAUUUCCUGAUGAAGAGGCUGCAGAAAGGGCAAAAAUACUUCGAUUCUGGUGACUACAACAUGGCCAAGGCCAAGAUGAAGAACAAGCAGCUGCCAAGUGCAGGGCCUGACAAGAACCUGGUGACAGGAGAUCACAUCCCCACACCUCAGGAUCUGCCUCAGAGGAAAUCCUCACUUGUCACCAGCAAGCUGGCAGGGUAGCUGCACCCUCAGCUGGGGGCUGCCCUCUUUCUGUCUCUGUAUUUUUUUUGGCUGAAUGGAUUGAACUUCACUGUACCAUAGGGAUGGGAGCACCAGAAUCCACAUAGUUGUUUGAGUUUUUCCAGCAAACACACCCCAAACCCCAAUGUGGGCAAGGCUGGGUUGGCCCUUCCUCUCAGUGAGGCUGUUUUUUAAUUUUCCUGCUGUUUGAAAAGCUCCCUGGAGUGUUCCCUCCUGGCUGGGAGGGGCAGGAGGGGAGAGGGUGGGGCUGAGGUGGGGGAAGGGAUUUCAGGCCUUGGGGGGGUCACAGGGAUUGACCCAGCUGGGCAGGAGGUGUGAUCCAGAUCUGGAAAUUGUGAUCCUAGAUCUGAAAAGUGUGAUCCAGGUCUGGAAAGUGUGAUCCAGGUCUGGAAAUUGUGAUCCUAGAUCUGAAAAGUGUGAUCCUAGAUGUGGAAAUUGUGAUCCUAGAUCUGAAAAGUGUGAUCCUAGAUCUGGAAGAUGUGAUCCAGAUGUGGAAAGUGUAAUCCUAGAUCUGGAAAGUGAUCCCAGAUCUGGAAAGUGUGAUCCAGGUCUGGAAAAUGUGAUCUCAGACUUGGAAAUUGUGAUCCAGAUCUGUAAAGUGUGAGCUCAGAGAUGGCAGGUGUGAUCCAGAUCUGGAAAAUGUGAUCCAGAUGUGGAAAGUGUAAUCCUAGAUCUGGAAAGUGUGAUCCCAGAUCUGGCAGGUGUGAUCCCAGAUGUGGAAAGUGAUCCCAGACUUGGAAAUUGUGAUCCCAGAUCUGGAAAGUGUGAUCCAGACCUGUAAAGUGAUCCCAGAUCUAGAAAUUGUUAUCCCAGAUGUGGCAGGUGUGAUCUCAAAUCUGGAAAGUGAUCCAAAAUCUGGAAAGUGUGAUCCAGGUCUGGAAAGUGAUCCAAAAUCUGGAAAAUGUGAUCCCAGAUCUGGAAAAUGUAAUCCUAGAGUUGGAAAGUGAUCCCAAUCCUGGCAGGUGUGAUCCCAGAUGUGGAAAGUGUCAUCCCAGAUUUGGAAAGUGUAAUCCUAGAUCUGGAAAAUGAUCCCAGACAUGAAAAGUGUGAUCCCAAAUCUGGAAAUUCUGAUCUCAGACUUGGAAAAUGAUCCCAAAUCUAGCAGGUGUGAUCCCAGAUCUGGAAAUUGUGAUCCCAGAUCUGGAAAUUGUGAUCCCAGAUCUGGAAAGUGAUCCCAGGUGUGGAAAUUGUGAUCCAGAUGUGGAAAAUGUAAUUCUAGAGUUGGAAAGUGAUCCCAGAGCUGAAAAGUGAUCCCAGGUGUGGCAAUUGUGAUCCCAGCUCUGAAGGCACAGUCAGCUGUGUGUGUUUUAAAGCUUCAAAGUGAAAAAAUUGGCUGAGAUUGAAAAAAUUCCAGGAGGGUUUUGUUGGGCUGAGCUGCCCCUGGCUCAGCUCCCAGGGAGAGGAAUUUGUGCUGCUGGAGCUGAAAAUUGAGGAGUUACACCCAGAAAGGGUUAAAAUCACCAGAGUGGAAUUUGAAGGGUGUUGAGGCAAACCUGUGUUUUGAAAAUGUUUGGCAUUCCAAGCUUGGAUUUUUUUUUUUUCUUUCAUUUUUUUGACUUCUUUGUCUCAAAUCUGGGGGGAAAAAAAAACCAAAAAAACAACAAAACCCCCAAACUAAAACCAGCAUCACAACAAAAAGCCCCAAAUUUAAUAACCACACCCUGAAAUUUGGGGAAAAAAAAGCUGAACUAGAGGUGAAGCAAGUGCUGGGAUCCUUUCCUGGGAAGAAUUCAGGGAAUUGGAUAAAAUCUCUGGGAUUGAAAUCAUUUGGGAAUUGGAUAAAAUCUCUGGGAAUGGAAUAAAAUCCUUUGGGAAUUGAAUGAAAUUCUUUGGGAAUGGGGUGAAAUCUCUGGGAAUGAUAUGAAAUCCUGUUGGAAUGGAAUUAAAUCUUUUGGGAAUUGGAUGAAAUCCUUUGGGAAUGGGGUGAAAACUCUGGGAAUGAUAUGAAAUCCUGUGGGAAUGGAAUUAAAUCCUUUGGGAAUUGGAUGAAAUCAGUGGGAAUUGGAUGAAAUCUGGAAUGGAAUUAAAUCAUUUGGGAAUUGGAGAAAAAUCAGUGGGAAUUGGAUUAAAUCCUUUGGGAAUUAGAUAAAAUCUGGGAAUGGGAUGAUCAGUGGGAAUUGGAUUAAAUCCUUUAGGAAUGGGGUGAGGCAAAGUAUUUUAAAAGUGUUGGGCAUCCCAAACUUCAAUUUCUUUUUUUCUUUCAUUUUUUUUCCCCUUUCUUGUGUUUUCUUUGUCUCAAGCCUGAGGAAAAAAAAAAAAAAAAACAAAAAACAAACAAAUCCUUUUCCAUGCACUGGGAAAUGUUGGCACCCAAAUCUGCCCCAGUUUGUGGCAGCUGAAGGGCCAAAGGAAGGGCAGGAUUUUGUUCUGUGGGUUUUGUUCCUGCUCUGCUGGGUGUUGCUUCCCAGGGGUGUUUGCUCGAGGUGUGCUGGAAUGUUGUUCCUGGAUCUGCACCAGGCUGUUCCUGGGGAAUGUGGUGGAAUUUUGGGGUGUCCCUUGUCCCCUGUGUGACCUGGCUGGGGCAGUGGUUGCUUGUCCUGCUGACCCAGCUGUGCUGUAAAUAGAUACAAAUAUAUAAAAUAUAUAUAUAUAUAUAAUUUUUUUACAUGUUCA